CGACAAUCCAGGGCAAAAUAAACAAACAAAGCGAGCAACCGCACAUCCUUGGGCCUCAGUCUCCCAUCUUCGGGUUUUGCCUUGACAGUCAGUCAAUCACAGGCCAAGCGCAUUCGCACUCGAGCCCUCACCACCAUGGCUACCGUUACCCGUAUCCCGUUCGCCCCCAUUGAUGGAGCCCGGCUUCAGACAUUGACGAGCUGCAAAAACAGACAGCAGCAUGCAAUCUCUAUGAGGUCCCCGGGCAAGCGCAAAGUAUCUGACGUGGUGGAUACCGACGACUUUGAGAACAUUGAUCCUGUCCUAUUCUCUAAGCGAUCCAAGGGCACCGAUAGUUUCUUCACAUCAAAAGAUGUCGUCAAGCCGCCAACAAUCCUCAUUACCAAAUCUGCAUCAACCGGCAAUGUCGUUACCACGCCUAAGAUGGUGUCUACUCGUCCGCGAAGCCUGUUGCACCCCAAAUCGCCCGCCGCGCGGCUCAACACCAGCAUCGCCAAAUCCACACCGCUCUCGGCGCCCGCUGGUCGCUCUCCGACCCGUGGCAAACGCACCGGCAUCCUCUCCUUGCGUCGCCGCACAGCUGGCCCGUACACGCGCGUCGACCCUCCUGUUUUCGGCCUCAGUGCGUCAUCCAAACCGUCCCACGCGCCCUUCUCCCUCGAUGCGGCCCUCAGGGGUACCAUCCCCAGCUACACCAGCCGCAGCACUCCGUCACAGCCCGUAUCAUCCAAAAGCCGUUCGGAAGUUGAUAACCUGCAUGAGCCCGAAUUGAAGUCAUCUUGGUUCUUCGACAUCCACGAAGACACAACAGAGCAGGAGAUGACCAACCUUCUUCAGCACAGCACUUGCGUUCUGGAUAUCAGCUCAGACGAGGAGUGCGAGAGCCGGCGGCAGAUAGAACGAGCCGAAGGCAAGGAGAAUGUUCCUCCGGCUGACGACAUCUCCCAAACCAGCCGGCCACGCGCUGUUAGGCUGGCUGUCGAUGUUGAUGACAUGGUGGUGGAGAAAGAGCGCAAUCCGCUCGGCGAGAUGAAUAUCAAGGAUUACUAUGCCGAGGGUUGUGACGAGGCCAGCAUCAUCAUUGUGCCUGGCGACGAGGACGAAGAGCCACAGCAGCCGUCAAAGGAUGAACUUGAGUUCGCACAUGAGUGCAAGCUUGGCGCGGGCUCUUCCGCCAAGAUCACAUUAGAGGACGGCAAGAAAACGGUAGGUGAACUGCUGCAAAAGACGGACGAGCCAGCGCCUAGUGCUGCGCGGCUCCAGCCGAUCGAAGGGACGGACGAAAAUUUUGACGUGUGGGAGAGCGGAAGUACCAAAGAUGAGACAGGCUGAACUGGUGCUGAAAGUUGAAGGCGGGAGUGAGGCGCAGGUGUCCUUGAUGAACUAUGUUGACUGACCUAAUCCCAUCGCUAAUACUUGUGAUGUUCAAGUC